GCGGAGCCUUAUGGUCAGAAAAGGAAAUGAAGACCCCUUGUAUGCAUUAUAAGCUUGUUAUAGUACUUUGGUAAUGAUCACUAAACAUAUACCCUUUAAGAAGAAAGAAGAGAAUAUUCAAGUUCUCUUCAAAUCUAUGGCUCUAUAGAAGGCGGAAGGUUUUGCUAUACCUAUAAUAAAGGUAUUUCUAGAUUUUUCCUAUGUUUUAAUGGGCAAAACCUUAAGCUUUGCGAAAGAUCUAAGAUAUAUAGGGCAGCCAUGUUUAUAAAGGUUUCUUAAAGGUAUUUAAAUUGGCAAUACCCUUUAAAAUAGAAUAUGUUCUUCUUUUACAAAUUAUUUAGCUUUGUUUAAACCUGAGGUUUCAUACAUUUUGUUGACACAUACCCUGUAAAAUGUUCUUUCUACUUUGCAAAUCCUUGAGCUUUCCAAAAAUAAUAUUAAUAUAAUAUAAUAAUUAUCUUUGCCUUUCAUAGCUUACGUAGGUUUUCGUUCUAUACAUUUACAGAAGUGAUAUAUAGUAUAUCUAUAGCAGGUUCUAGUAGACUCAAAAGACACUUAAGAUCUGUUGGUCCCUGUCACGAAACCCUUUGGUUUUUGUAAACCUUGUUUAUUCCCAACUUGGUUACGCCCCGUCCCGCCCGCAAAGGCCAAUGCCGCCUCCUGAAGCGAAGUUUAAUCAAUAAAUUAUGCGCUAGUAUGGAAUAUGUAGUCGGAUGGCAAUGGAAAAUUGCACGCUCGAGCCAAUUAUGCGAAUCAUUUUGCAUGAAAUGGCAAAGAAAGGCGGAGUUCAGCAGCUGCAGGCGGACAUCAGCAGCGAUGAGGAGUUUGAAAAGUUUUUGCAGCGACCCGGAUUGCUGGUGCUCGAUAUAUAUUCGGAGUGGUGUGGUCCAUGCUUGGGCAUGGUGGGAAGUCUGCGUAAGAUCAAACUGGAGCUGGGUGGCGAUAAUUUGCAGCUGGCUAUUUGCAAAGCGGGCUCAAUUUCGUAUCUGCAGCGGUUUAACAAGAAAAGCGAACCAACCUGGAUGUUUGUUGCCAAUGGAAAGGCGAUUAACAUCAUGUUCGGCACCGAUGUGCCCAAGCUGGUGUCCAUGAUCACACGUGAGCUGGAGGCGGUCAUCGCUCGAGAGCCCCAUCAGACCUACGAAAUAAUCGAGCUGCAGCCGAUUGAGCUCGAACAGUUGCGCAUUCGUAACGAGGCGCUCGAGCAAGCGGCCAAGAUCGAAGAGGAGGAGUGCCGAAGGAAGCGCAUCGAGUACUUGAGAUAUGUAACCGAUACGAUUAUGGAGAAUUUGCCAGAUAUUGGCAUAACGGUAUUUGGUCCACAAGUGAAUCGCGAUAUGUUCAAGAAGCUCUCUGAGCCGGCAGAUCCACUGAAGAUCCAAUGCAAGGACCGCAAAGUCUUUACAAUCACCCAAAGUGAUUUCAACACCGUCAACUUUGCGGCCGAGAAUCCAUUGCCUCAGGAAGUUAUCCAACACUUGUACGACAAGGAGCUGCUGAUGUGCUUCUGGAAGGUGGAGGAAAAUCUUGGCACGCCACCCAGUGUACUGCAGCAGUAUGCCAACGAGCUGACCAAGAACAUCAUCAAGCCACCCGAUGAAUUCAACGAGGAGGAGACCGUUCUACCUCCUCUGAUAACAGAUCUCGAAAUAACGGUACAGGUCAAAGUUGAAGUGGAAGCGAGCCCAGAAGAUAACCCGGAGGAGCAGAAUCCAGAGGAUGCUAUUCAAUUCAAGACCAUCAAAAUCCCACCGAUCUGGGUGCCCUGUGACCAGAGGACGCAUGCAGCCCUCAUCUAUACGUAUUUCCGGGCACAGACCGCAACAUUUUUACCCCCCGACCCAGUGCCAGAACCUCCGCACAUUAUCAUGACCUACGAUGCGUACAAGAAGAAGGACUUGAUCAAUCUGGUGGAAGCCUGUAAAGAGGAUGUGCCACUCUAUGGCUUCUUCUCCAGCGAUAAUCCAGAGACGGCCGUUUUCAUUGCCAACUCCGUGGAGAAGUACAAUGCCAAGCCCUAUGUGCCCACCGAUAAAAUUGUGCUGAAAGUGAACAAGGUGCCGGGUCCAACAAUUCCGUUGCUCAUGGAAUAUGGACCUAGCUAUGUCAGUCCCAAUUCCGUGGUGGGCCACAAGGAGGCAGCCAAAUUCUUUCCGCCCACCUACAAAUCCGCACAGCAGGAGGAGGCCGAGCUGCAUGCGGUCAAGGCCGAGAAGCCCAAGAAGCGCAAGAAGAACAAAAAGGGUGGUGAUGUCGAGGAGUCUGAGCAGGCCAGCGCCAAUGCCCAGGACAAUCAGCAGGAGGCCGAUGAGGCGGCCAAAGUGUCGCCUGAGGAGGGCGCCUCUACCACUAGCAGCGGCGAGGACAGCUGCGAAAGUCGUCCAGCGACUGCCGAUGGCAAUAAUCUGUUGGCCGAUGCACCUCCAUCAUAGUGAUGGUUAACUGAAGUUUUGGAAACCUCUUUCUCUUUCUCUAUCUCUCUCUCUCUCUCUUUCUCUUUCACCUUACGUAUACUACAUGGCAUGCGAUGCUUAAUCUAUAAACUUACCCUAGCCAAUUGCUUUUGGCACUUUCUCUGCUGAAUUGCAAUUUUAAUUAUAUAAAUUAUAAAUUUGACUUAAAUCUAGUGCUUAUAAACGCAUUUAUAAUGUACCCAAUCUGUGAAAGUCUGCGUCAUAACCUCAAAAUAUUUAUUUUAACUGACAACUCAAUACAUUCAAUUAAUUAUAGUUCACAAUGGUGAACGGAAAAGUCUGUAGACUUUAUAAGGCCAGUGUAAACUUUAUGCUUCGAAUUUAAAGUUUUUAGGAAUAUUAUAAUGUAAUAAAAAACAAUAUUUUCGAAUAUUAUUUAAAAAAUAUAUAUUUCAAUAUAUAGAAAAAGAAACAUUUGACAGCGGCUUAUAAAUUGUAAGUUUCUUAUAAAUUGUAAGUACAGUCGAAACAGAAAUGAGCUAAGAGAAAGUAUGUGAAAAACAAAU